ACUACUGUGUGGAAGGCACAAGUGAUUCAAACCACCUCAAGAAAACAUCUGCUCCCUGUUCUCUCUGGAUCUCUAGGCACCAUGAGUUUCCUCCUGUUUGUAGCUUUAGGACUGAGUCUUACAGCCUUGAGCCACUGCGUCCAGGUGACUGUACGGAGCCCAUAUGUCAACGUGACCUCAGGACAGAAUGCGACCUUAUACUGCACCUACGCUCUCAACAAUCCACAAAGCACCAAAAAUCUUGUAAUUCAGUGGAACGUUUUUCAGGCAAAAUCACAGAAUCAGGAAACACUUUCCCCGUGCUUCAGUCCAGAUGAAGGGUCAUUGAAUCAGUGUCUAAAGACGGCGUAUGGCAGAGAUGCACGGGGAAGGUGUAACUGGAAGAACCAGGUGUUCUUUUAUCAGAAUGGCCAGCCUUUCUCUGGGCCCGGUUAUAAGAACAGAGUCACUGCUGCCCUAACUCCAGGGAAUGCAACCAUAACUAUUUCCAACAUGCAGCCAGAGGAUACCGGUGUCUACACCUGUGAAAUACUGAAUUUACCUGAGUCCAGUGGCGAAGGAAAAAUUAUCGUGACUGUUCUGGUUCCACCAUCUAAUCCACAUUGUACUAUCCGGGGAGCGGUAGAGACUGGACAUUUCAUUUCUCUGAUGUGUUAUUCUGAGGAGGGGAUGCCGCGCCCGCUGUAUACUUGGAAUAGAGUGGAGAAUGGGGUAUUGAAGUCAACACCUCCUCAGAUGAAUCAGCAGAAAGGAAGCCUCAUAAUAGGCAACCUGACAGAUUUUGAAGAAGGAUACUACAGAUGUACAGCCAGCAACGCACUUGGAAAUGCUACAUGUGAACUCAAUUUACACACAGGGGGAGAAGCAGGUGUAAUUGCAGCAGCAGUCAUCGGAGGACUGUUGGCAGCAGCUAUCAUUAUCGCCAUCGUCUGGUUUCUUAUAGUAAAAAGAAAGCAAAAAAAGCAAAUUCCACCAACAAAGGAAAUGAAAACAAGUCCUUCAGGAGAAACCCAUGAGUACACGGCAGUAUCUGGAGAAGCUAACGAGCCCAACAAGGAAACUCUGGGGUCUUCUGAGCCUACCGAAACCAUCCAGUUCCAUGACCGUGCUGAGAAUGCAGCCAAUGGAGAGACAGAAGAACACGCUGCAUAAAGCAAAAGGCUCGAAUAAUUUGCUUAUAUAAAGGCACUGUUAAGGCUACACAUUUUUUUUCAAAUCUGCGUUAAACAAUAUAGUCACCUUAUAUGUGUACAUACAGUAUUCUGACUCACACAAAUGUUUGCAGAGUUAAGUACAAAUCUGGCAAUAGGUAGAACAGGAGAGAAGACAUGGCAGUAAAUCAUUCUGUGCCUGGAAAGCAAGGAAUUUUAAGCCAAAGAGCCAGACUAUAUUAAAUUCUCACAAUAGCACUUGCAACAGAUUACAAAAGAAUGUUGUAUAGCCUUUACAUUCCCUUUAACAUCAGAUUAAGAUGGGUUCCUGCUCACACAAACUGAAAGAGCAGAAAUCCAUUUUUUUUACUAAAAAAAUGAUAAAUAUUUACAUUGAGAAGCAAGAGAAAUUCUUUUUAUACUUAUGUUUUGUUGCAAUUAUUUGCUGUCACUGUAUACAAAAUAAUAGCCUUCGUCAUUUGUUAAUGCUAUAUAUCAUGCUAUUCCCUAUGUGUAAUAUCUGGGUCUCUUAUUCACUGCCUGACACAGUAGUUUCAUAAAUUACAUUUUAAGGACAAAAGGGGGAUGGCAGAGAAGGGGAAACUAAAACUAAAUGACAAAAUAGCAGAGCUGGGUCGAGACACCUGAGAACCCAAGAAAAGGGGGAUUUCUACAUGCAACCCCACUAGGGUCCCACCAAACCUUUACCUCUAUCUGGAGCAAAAAGUUAUUGUUGGACACAGGAAGGGUGAGGUGAUAAAAGGAGCUGGACUAAUGAUAAGUCUUUCAUAUAGUAUGUGGCUGUGCAUGCCUCAAUAAACAAAUAUUUUUUUUUAUUUUAAGGAGACCACGCACUAGCUGAGCCUCCAUGAUAUCUGGCUAAUCACACCCACGGCCAAAUGGACAGAUACCAUAUGACUGACCAUGCACAUGUAUAGCCACAUUCUAUUGUUCAAUCUAUUUGGGCCAACAGCAUCCGACCUACAGAAAUCUGGGCAUGAAUGGAUAACUUAAUUAGAAAUACUGGUUUUUACAGUAGCAUGUUAGUUAAAAACUCUGCUAAAUACAACCAUCUUUUUUAUUGUCUAAAUAAAUCCUUACCCAGUCUAUUUUAUUUUAAUAGAAGCAGCUGGGCAGUUUGUCCAAUUGUGACCAUAAUGUCUGACUGUCUGGGUGUACAUGUCAGCAAUGGUUUCAGUUCUGAUAGACUAACCCACAAUCAGAUCACAGUCAGUCCAUCAGACAAUACACCUUCUCAGUGUGUGCACAGUACAAUGGUACAUGAGCAAGCGAAAGAAGUUGCCCUCCUUCGCAUCCCUGUAGAUGGCCAAAUCACAGUAUCUGUUAGUCUCUAUCAGUCACAUACCUGCCAAGUUUUCAUAGCUGCAGACAUUAUAAGUGCAAUGGCACAUACAGCAAUCUGUAACUCAUGGGAAAUUGCUGUUCCCACAGUUGACCAUUCUCCAGCGGGCACCAAAUUGCCGUGUGUGCUGUCACCAUAUGGCUCAUUUACAAAAGGAUGCAAGGUACAAAAAGUCUAAAAGCCCCACACCUACUGCCUGGCUGAGUAUAAGAGUUACCUUUCACAGAAAGUGUUGUGCUCUGCAUGUUGUUGGUAUAAGAAUGUGUGUGUAGCUAUUGCCUCUGACAUUAAUAAAUUACAACCAAUUUGUAAAUA